AGUCACCACCGAUGGUCUCAUUCGCAGAUCGACACUAGGGAUUUGUUUCACUUCUCAAAUAUCUCAACUAGCUGAUUCGAUUUCAUGAAGAUGAAGAUCAACAAAGCAUGCGAUCUCAGCGCCAUCUCUGUUCUUCCUCCUCACGCAAGGAGAUCAAGUGAUGUGCCGACUGGACUGCAAGCGUCGCAGCAGCUUCGAUCGCAGGCGUCGCAGCAGUCAUUGUCGCAGGGGCUUUCAUCGCAGCAUGGAAUGUUCUCGCAGUUCUCGCAGGACUCUUUUAGUGAGACCGUGACGAACGAUCAGAGACUAGGUUCUCAGGAAAGAGAGAAUUCAAAGAGGAGGCUUUCUUGCUUUGCCCCAAUUAAUUAUGCACGAGAAGAGAGUCAAAUGGCAAUUUCAAGGUCUUCCACAAAGCCGAUGCAGAGAUGGAAUUCUGCUUCAGUUCCAGAACACAGAUGUCGGGUUAGUGAAGAGCUUGAAUACAGGAUUGGAAUGAUUGAAACUACAGUAACUAGAUUUGGAAUGAUCUUGGAUUCUGUUCAGGGUGAUGUCAUGCAAAUAAACAAAGCGACAAAGGAAGUAUCAAUGGAAUUGGAAGGCAUGCGGCAGAGGCUAACUCUUAAUGACAACUUACUGCAGCUAAUGAGCAAAGGACUAGAAGAUAUCAAAGAUAGCCUUGAAGGGAAAUUGAAAUCAAUUUCAGAUGGACUGUGCAAGAUUUCUUAUCAAGAAAGAUUACAGGAGAUUUUCUCGAAACUGUCAGCUUUACCAGAGCGGAUUGAAGCUCUUCUACUGAAGUCACAAAAUGACCUCUGCAGUGCCUUCAUUAAAGAAAUGCAGGCGAAGUCUAGCAGCCUGAAAGAUUACAACCAAAAAUAUAAGGAACCCCAUUUUCCUCCUCAAAAGGGUCUGGGUUGCCCCAUAACUUUGCAAAAAACGACACCCCCUUGCAAGAUUUCAGAUGUGCCCCCAAAGGAAGGUGUGCAAGCAACUUUUGUUCCAAAGAUAGAAGUGGGAUGCUGGAACUCAGUGAAGAAGGACCGAGCUGCUGUCACAGCUAGGAACCCCAUUAUGAAGACUGAACGGAAAGAAUUUUCUCCCAUCCAGCAGGAAAAAGAAUGGAGAGUGAUCAUUGAAUCAGAUGAGGAGAUUGAUAGAAGUUUUUCCUGCUUGAUUGAAGAAAAAGAAACAGGGAACUAUUUGAUAGACGAUGUGAGGGAAGAGACUGAUCGUAUUCUGAGGAAAGCAAGGAGAAGAAAGAGAAAAUCCUGCAGUGCUAUACUAAUAAGUUGAAGGUAUGUGACUGUACUGCGUACUCCUGUAUUUUCUUCUUCAAAUGCUAUGGAGACGCAUCUCAUCUCCAUGAGUGUGAUCUCUCUUUGGUCAUGAACUUUGAUGAGGAGAAAGAACCAGGCAUUAAUUUUACCUUGUUCUCUCUUGGAGCAUUUAUUGACGAAAAUGGAAGCUUGGUUUCUUUCGUCUGCUUCAUUCUAACCAUUUCUAUAUCAUUUCAGUAGACCUUUGUUAUGCUUAACUAUGCCAAGAUGUGUAAAUGGAGAUAUGGCUACAUUUUUUUUUUCUUUUUUCGGAGGUAACUAAUUGUACCUGGGACCCUUUUGGGAGCCCAAUUUAUGCAUGGGAUGAGGGGACUGGCCUUAAUUCUUACAUGCAGAUACGUAUGGGAUUCAAGCUCGUGAACAAUGACAGACAUUCUUCAUGCUUUUGCGACUAGGAGGAUUGAAAAAAUGAAGUUGGUAUACUGAGAAGUUCCAAUUAUUUGAUUGAAUAUGGAGUAUGCUAUUCAGGAUUCCAGUAGCAACCAAAAUGGAUGCUAAGCACAAUGGAGUAGGUGCAUCUCAACGAUAUUAUUUUCAUGGGAGAUUCAACAGGCUUUGAUAGUUUGAUUAGUGUCCAGCAUGCAUGCAAUUUAAUGAGACUAAAAGACCAAAAUGCGAUUAAGUUCAAAAGCCCAUGUUAGGGAAUCUCUAGAGAGAAGGGAAUGAGAGCCAGAGGUAAUCUCAGGGCUCUCCUAAAUACCGGGAUUUGGGAAUUUGAUUUGUUCGUUUGGUGGAAAAUCUGAAAAUAACUGUACUGAAAAUACUCUAUCCAAAAUGUUUUUCCUGAAAAUGGCCAGUCCCCUUUCUUUGGAUGAGAAAAGUUGAAAACUAUUUCCCCUGACUGCACAUGUUGGUGUAUAGGUGUAAAAUAGAAUCGAUCAGAAUAUAAUCAAAGUUAUCACUCAAUUUUAU